UCUAAAGCACAAGACUUCAUUUCAAAGUUAUCUGAUGAGAAUGAUAAUUCAGAAUACAGACUCAGUGAUAUUGCGGAUCCUUCACAAUUGUUGACAUCUUCACAGUUUAUGUGUUUUGAUGAAUCUUACGUAAAAAUGAAAGAGACUCAAAAGUGGAUUUUAUCAUCUGAAAUAUGCAUCAAGGAUGUUAUCUUCAAACAUUGCAAUAAAUUAUUAGCUAAAUCACUUUUAUAUUCAUGGAUUAUUUAUUUGAAUGAUUAG